AGUCUGACCACUCCUGGUGAUCACUGCUUCAAUAUCGUUUUGCAGAAGCCGUUGCCUUUUGGAAUUUGCCCGCUGCCCCACCUUAUCUCUGGGGGGGUUGCUGGAAUUCCUCUGUUGUUGGGAGUUUAGGGUUUUUUAUUGUUGUUUUGUGAGGUUUUUUUUUCCCUUUGGUGCUUGCAAAGAAAUAAAGAGAAGAGCGGCAGCCAGCCUGCCUGCCUGGAUCACAUGCAGGACAGAAGAGCCUUAUCCCUGAAAGCCCACCAGUCGGAGAGCUACCUGCCGAUUGGCUGUAAGCUGCCGCCUCAACCCCCCGGUGUGGACACAGGCCCCGGCCCAAACUCUCCCGUUUUCAGGACGGGCAGCGAACCCACCCUGAGCCCAGCAGUGGUUCGGAGGGUGUCCUCGGACGCUAGGGCAGGGGAAGCGCUGAGGGGCUCAGACAGCCAGCUGUGCCCGAAGCCCCCCCCCAAGCCCUGCAAGGCCCCCCUCCUCAAGGCUCCCUCCUCUCCACCCACCUGGCCCAACUCAGAGGCCAACUACUGUGAACUGAACCCAGCCUUUGCCACAGGCUGUGACAGGGGAGCAAGGCCGCCCUUCUGUGCCCAGGACAGCUAUGUGGAGCUGCUGAAAGCCAAGCAGAACGGGACGCCGGGUCCCCGGAACUCUGGCACCAACUACUUGAUUCUCGAUGAAGAUGACAAGGCAAAGCCUUGGGAGCCGCUGGCAGCGGUGCAGAUGGACAAGGGGCAGGAGGAGGGUGAGUUUGUGAUGCCCCUCCUGGAGACUGCCUCCUCCUUCAGGCCCAACGACUUUGAGUCGAAGCUUCUUCCUCCUGAGAACAAGCCCCUGGAGACAGCAAUGCUGAAGCGUGCGAAGGAGCUGUUCACCAGCAACGACCCCAGAGUCAUUGCCCAGCACAUGCUGAGUAUGGACUGCAAGGUUGCUAGGAUACUUGAAGUCUCUGAAGAGAUGAAGAAGAACAUGGGCGUGAGCUCAGGGCUGGAACUCAUUACCUUGCCUUAUGGCCACCAGCUGCGCCUGGACAUAAUUGAAAGACACAGCACGAUGGCCAUCGGCAUCGCAGUGGACAUUCUGGGCUGCACAGGCACUUUGGAGGACCGAGCAGCCACCCUCAAUAGGAUCAUCCAGGUGGCAGUGGAACUGAAAGACGCCAUGGGGGACCUCUAUUCAUUCUCGGCCAUCAUGAAAGCCCUGGAAAUGCCACAGAUUACAAGGUUAGAAAAAACGUGGACUGCCCUGAGGCACCAGUACACCCAAACCGCCAUCCUCUACGAAAAACAGCUGAAGCCAUUCAGCAAAAUCCUGCACGAAGGCCGAGAGUCCACGUGUGUCCCCCCAAACAAUAUAUCUGUGCCACUGCUGAUGCCUCUUGUAACCUUAAUGGAACGCCAGGCUGUCACUUAUGAAGGAACUGACAUGUGGGAAAAAAAUGAAGAAAGUUGUGAGAUUGUGAUGAAUCACUUGGCAACAGCCCGACUCAUGGCACAGGCUGCAGACAGUUACCGGAUGAAUGCCGAGAGGAUCCUGGAAGGUUUUCAACCAGAUGAAGAAAUGAGUGAAAUCUUCAAGACUGAAUUUCAAAUGCGAUUGCUUUGGGGCAGCAAAGGUGCACAAGUCAAUCAGACAGAGAGAUACGAGAAAUUCAACCAGAUUUUAACUGCCCUGUCACGUAAACUGGAACCUCCUCCUGUAAAGCAGGCAGAGCUUUGAUAAAUCUCCAGAAAACUUAGGAUGUUAUUUCAAGGUUCCCCAAUUUCUUCUUUGGGAAAGCUUAUUUGAUAAAGUAAUAAUGUGCAAACCUGACAAUAUACAAGAUUUUAGUAUCCACAGGAUAUUAAACAUGUAAAUUGUACAGAGCACACUUAUUUAUGAAUUGUUUAAAAUUACUACUGAUUUUUAAAUGAAUGAUAAUUUAUUAUUAAGGUAACUAUUGCUAAUGUUGAUCAGCAAAUUUAAGAGAAGACCUAGCUAUGCUGACUGGUGGCUUUCUAUUACUGAGGUAUUUGACCAUUUUAGUUUUAAUUCCAUGUCAGAAAUUGUAAAUAGAAAAGUUUAAAAGCAUGAAACAUUUCAAAAGGUAUCAGUUAUAUGAUAUUCUUCAACUAAAUAUUAAAAAUGUAAAUAGUCAUAUGAAAAUAUAUCUUUUUGUGAAACAAUUGUAUCCAGUCUCUUUAAUAUUAAACCACCAUAGAAUAACAAUUAUACUUCUUUCCAUCCUGGGGCACUCUCUCCCCUAGUCUUGAUGCGAUCCCAAUUGCAACCCAAGGGGAUUUUUCAAGCUAACUUGAUAAACUUUUCCUAAAUCUUACAUAGCUAGGAAUAGUCAAGAUCAUCCUAGGAAAGCAAGAUGGGGAGAGGGGGAAUCUGAUCUCCCAGAUAAUAGAAAUUCAUUAUUAAACUAUGGUAAUUAAGAAACUGUCAUUAGAAGUUUGAUAUAUGACAGAAGUAACAUUGCCAAUCAAUAGGGGAAAGGAUGACCUUUUAAACAAAUAAUUCUCGAACAACUGGUUAAGCAAAUGAAAGGGGGAGAAAUGGUUCCUUACCUCAUCAUACACCAAAAUCUAGAUGAAUUAAGACCCUGCAUGUGAAAGGCAAAAGCGUAACACUUUCAGAAGAAAAUACAGAGUAUCGUUUUUACUUUGAAUGAAGGAAGAAUUUCUUAAACUAGACAGAAAAAGCAUUAAAUAUGAGACUGAUCAAUCUCCAUGAAAAUGAACUGAUAUUCAUUAAACCAUUAUCAUAGAUAAAUUGAAAGAACGGACGGAUGACAUUAGCAACGCACAAAGCUGACAAGAGAGGAGUGUGGUAGGCAAGGCGGCCUCCAAGAUGGGCCCCGAAGUUCCCUGCCACCUGGUGGUAACACCCCGGGGUUCUCCCACAUCACCAAGUGCAUAGAGCAGCAGUAAUGGCAUGUCACAUCUGAGAGGUUGUAUGAUAUUGUAUAAAAGAUGGUUGUAUAAAAGAUGACAGCUUCCGUCUUAGUUUUUACUCUCUUGGAUCACUCACUGGAGGAAGCAAGAUGCCACGUCAUGAGCACCCCCAUGAAGAGGCACACAUGGCAAGAAACAGGCCUGCCAACAAUCACAUGAAUCAUCUUGGAAGGGACUCUCCAGCCCCAGUAGAGCCUUGAGAUGAUUGCAAUCUUGGCCAACAUCUUGACUAAAACCUCCUGAGACACUCUGAGCCGGCUCCGUUACAUUGCAAGAGAUAUGAAUACAAUAACAUCCUCAGUACAUAAAGAACUCUCACGAGUGACUAUGGCAAGACAACCAACCAAAGAAAAAAAUGGGCAAAAGCCAUAAAGAGGCUUUUCAAAGAAGAGGAAACAAAAAUGGUACAUGUGAAAAGAUGUUCAACUUCAUUAAUAAUCAGGGAAAAGCAACUUAAGACCACAGUGAAAUGCUAUUUUACAUCUAUUGGAUGGACAAAACCUGAAAAGUCUGACUCCUUAGUGUUGGCCAAGAUAUGGAGCAUAAGAAACCCGCAUCCACAACUCUUAGGUGUGUGAAAAUGAGGGGAAAAUGUGAUACUACCUUUUUAAACUGAAGAUAAAUAUAACCCACAACCUAGCAAUUCCACUCCUAGGCACAGAUCUUAGAGAAAUGCUUGUGUCUGUAAACAUGCACGUGGGUGAGCACUGUUUAUAAAGCUGAGCCUUGAACAACAUGGGGUUAGGAGACCAAGCUCCUCCCCACCACAGUCAAAAACCUGAGUAUAACUUUUGACUCCCCACAAACUUAACUACUAAGCUGCUGUUGACCGGAAGCCUUACCAGUAACAUAAAGAGUCAAUUAACACAUAUUUUGUAUGUUCUAUGUAUUAUAUACUGUACUAUUAUAAUAAAAUAAGCUAGAGAAGAAAAUGUUAUUAUGAAAAUCGUAAAAUACAUUUACAGUACUGUACUGUAUCGGUAACUGUUAAGUUUACGUCAUGUUUACAAGAUGAAUCAUCUGUCAGUGCCGACCAAUAGUCUUAUACGAUACAAAACACUGUAGAUGUGAUACAUAUUACUAAUUCUAGACCUGAA